CGCUAUCUUCCAACUUGCAGUAUUCAUUGGCGACUUCUCACUGGUAAGAGUGGAAAUGGAGUGUGAGAACUGCUACUCCAAUGCCUAUCCAUCCAAAGCUGCGUGAUCUAUCCCAAGAGACCACACUUCCCUCUACUCUUCGAUCUUCUCCCUCUGUUCUCUGUUCUCUCUGGCUGUGGUCUCUGCUGAGCUCUGCCAUCACUGCUGCUGCUGCUGAUACCGCCCUCCAUUAAUGUUCAGAGACGGUUGCCUCUCGUCUCAGGCGACGCCCAUGUGCUCUCUUUAAUUCGCGCCUUGCCCUUUCCAAAGAUUCCAAGUCGGGGUCGGUCUGCAGUCAGUAUUCUUGGAGCAAGGUUGCUCCUUGAGGGGGAGGAUUAAGAGGAGGUGAAAGAUUCGCGUACUUUCUUUGGUUUCGCCGCCGCCUCCUUGGUGGGUUUUGCUCAGGUUGCUUCCGGAGCUGAAAUUUUGGCCUAAAAAUCACUUCUUGGUGGAUGUCGGUGCGGAAUUCUUGACGUUCCUCUUCGUCUUGGUUUUUGGUUCGUGAGUUGGAAACAGACGAAUACGCUGGAUUUGGUCGAAAAGUUCGGAUCUUUGGGUGAAUUUAAAGCUGUUUAUUGGAAUUGAAGGCAGGAUUUGGGUGCGUUUCUGGUAAUAUCUCAAGCUGUCGUCGUCUUGUUGGUCAUUAUUCUGUGGUCUGAUGCAGGUUAGAGGAAGCAAAGGGUGUCAACGUUGCUGCAAAGUUGCAGUUCUUUCAGUGGAAAGAAAUCUUUUUUCUUGGAUUUAAACAAGGAAUUUAGAAGCUCUGUGGCAAGGAAAGACUCUGCUUCCCCCUUAACCAUAGGUUCCGUCCAAAAUGGCACCCUCUUUUGUGUUCCCAGCAGUCAUCUUGUGUUGCUUGUUAGUGUUCCCUCUAACCGAGCAAAUGCAAACGACGCACACCCAGUUGUUGCUGCAGCUGAGGAAGCAGCUGGAGUUCCCAAAACUGCUGGAUGCUUGGAAUAACACUGAUAACCUGUGCUACUCGCCGUCUUCGCCGAAUCUAAGCAUCAGCUGCGAUGGAACCUCCGUCACAGAGCUCAAGAUAGUGGGCGAUAAGCUUGCAAAGCCUGGUAAAUAUGAUGGUUACUCGAUCCCUGACAUGACUCUUUCAUCGGGCUUCGUUGUUGAUUCUUUUGUGACAACUCUGGCUAGGUUGACUACCUUGAGAGUAGUCAUCUUGGUUUCUUUGGGGAUAUGGGGUCCUCUCCCGGACAAGAUCCAUAGAAUGUAUUCGCUUGAAGUGCUCGAUCUGAGCUCUAACUUUCUGUAUGGUACUGUCCCUCCAAAGAUAUCUGUCAUGACGAAGCUUCAAACAUUUUCCCUCGAUGGAAACUACUUCAAUGAUACUGUUCCUGAUUGGUUUGAAUCAUUGACGAACCUCUCGGUUUUGAGCUUGCAGAAUAACAGCCUGAAGGGUCUGAUGCCAGCAUCGAUUGGUAGAGUAAGAACACUAACUGAACUUGCUUUGUCGGGCAAUCACAUUUCAGGUAAAAUCCCUGAUCUAAGUAGACUAAACAGCCUCGAGAUGUUGGACCUGAGAGACAACAUGUUGGACUCUGAGCUGCCAGUAAUGCCGAAAGGGCUGGUCACCAUCUUGCUUAGCAAGAACUCACUGGCUGGUGAGAUUCCACAGCAGUUUGGGGAAUUGGAUCGACUCCAACACCUUGACCUAUCAUUUAACCUACUCGAGGGGACUCCACCUGCAGCAUUAUUUGCUUUGCCAAACAUCAGCUAUUUGAACCUGGCAUCCAAUAUGCUUAGUGGAUCACUUCCAAGUAGUUUAGCUUGCAGCAGUCAACUUGGGUUCGUUGACAUUUCUACUAACAGACUCUCUGGUGAAUUACCUUCUUGUCUUAGCUCAAAUUUGAAUAAGAGGGUUGUAAAGUUCAAUUGGAAUUGCUUGUCUUCUGACCCCCAGCAUCAGCACGUGUCUAAAUUCUGCCAAGUGAAUCACAUGGAUGAGAAAGAUUCCAAGAGGAAGAACGUACCCUUGUUGGUUGCUGUCAUAGGAGGAAUUCUCUUAAUUAUGCUAUUGCUUCUGUUAGUUCUUUUUGUUUCUUGUAGAAGGAACUGUCGCCGAGCAAUAGCAGAACAACGACUAUUGCCAAAGUCAGCACCAGAUAAUUCACCCACAGGAAUCUCGUCUGAGCUUCUUGCUAAUGCAAGGUAUAUUUCUCAAACAAGGAAGCUAGGAACACAAGUGUUGCCUAUGUAUCGGGCAUUUUCCUUAGAAGAGUUAAAAGAAGCAACAAAUAAUUUUGAGCAGUCAGCAUAUAUAGGCGAAGGUUCAACUGGCAAGCUGUACAAGGGCAGAAUAGAAAAUGGAACCUUUGUAGCUAUAAGAUGCUUGGCAUUGUUCAAGCGAUAUUCUAUUAGAAAUCUGAAGCUUCGUCUAGAUCUACUCUCAAAACUUCGCCAUCCCCAUUUGGUCUGCCUCUUGGGGCACUGCAUUGAUACUGCACAAGAUGAUUCUAAUGUCAACAGAGUCUUCCUUAUCUACGAAUAUGUAGCUAAUGGAAAUCUUCGUACUCAUCUUUCUGAAUGCAGACUGGAGAGAGCUCUUAAGUGGCCAGAUAGAUUGGCAAUUUUAAUAGGCAUUGCAAAAGCAGUCCACUUUUUACAUACCGGUACUAUUCCUGGUUUCUACAAUAAUCAAUUGAAAACAAGCAAUAUUUUGCUUGACGAGCAUUUGACCGCAAAAGUGAGUGACUAUGGUUUGUCCAUUAUAACGGAAGAAAUUUACAAACAUGAGGCAAGGGCAGAAGGUCACAAACAGAGCAGAUCUCUAUCAUUGGAGAUGGUAAACUUGGAGGAUGAUGUUUAUUCAUUUGGCCUCGUCUUACUUGAAGCACUAAUGGGACCAGCACUAUCCGAACAAGGUGCCGAUCAUUGUACAAAAGAACUGGCAAUGUUAUCAACUGGCCAAGCAGAACAACGGCGCGUUAUUGACCCAGCUGUGCUGGCUUCUUCCUCACAAGAGUCUCUAUCGACUGCGAUCUCAAUCACAAGCAAAUGCUUGUCGCAGGAACCUUCUCACCCUUCAAUAGAAGAUGUGCUGUGGAACCUGCAGUACGCUGCACAGGUUCAGUCCAUGGCUGACGGCGAUCAGAAGUCGGAUAUUCUAUCACAAGCAUGAUCCUGAUGUGGAAUACAAAGAACAGGGAGCAUAACAGUUCCAAGCCAACGCGAUCCUUUGACACCCCAUGAGCAGAGACAUCAAGUGACCACAGGCCCCAAAGCUUGCAGAACUGAAAUCCCAAGUUGGCAUUGCCAAAGAGAGAUGUUGUAAAGGGCAUUCCCUGUUCAUGUAUUCCAUUUCAUAUUAUUCAUAAUCCCAUUGUCAUGGUUACAAUGUACAUUAUAUUCCCUAAUCUAUAAUUAAUUUUCUUCCUCCAUUUCAUUGA